UUACACUGUUUUACUGGAUUGUACUUCAACGGGAGUUUGCGGUUUGGCAGGUUUAUAUACAUCAAAACAGAACAAAGAGAUAGGCUCUACAGUGCUAUAAAAGAAGAGAGAGAAAAGAAUAAAGCGAGGGAGAAAUCUCGGCGACUGAAUUACAAAAGAACUGAGGACACUCUGCUAAUGUUUUUCACAUCCAAAGGGGACAUAAACUGGGACUUUGUACAUUGUGGAGAAUUUGCAAGGCUUUUUUUCUGCGACCACCAAAAGUUUGUUUGGGACAAAGCUUUUUUUCCUGUAUAUUUGAAUUUUAAUGUUCAGAAAUUCAUCCCGGUGCAAAACUUUCUAAACGGACUGCACAUGGUUUCAAAGGGCUUUUGAAAACCUGGAAUUUUAUUCGUCGAUAUCCAUGCAUAACUGUUUGAAAUAGAAUGUUGUAAAUACUUACGGAUUUUAUCCAUUUUUCUGCCACCAUUUUGAACCUUUUUGCGUUUUUACGCACGUCGAUGGUAUUUGCCAAAAACCUACCCAUACUUUUAAAGUUUGAAUAAUUCAUGAGAUACAAUUUGCCUGCUCGAAAGAAGUGACUGUAAAAAGGGAGGGGGGUUAUCCACAAACAUAUUCAUAAGGGUUGACGGAAUGGCCACCGCGGCUUCCAAUCCUUAUCUGCCCAGCAAUAGCAUCUUAUCGUCCGGCUCCAUCGUGCACUCUGACUCCGGAGGUGGUGGCAUGCAGCCGGGCAGUGCUGCGGUUACCUCUGGGUCUGGGGGCUACAGGGGGGACCCCUCCGUAAAGAUGGUACAGAGUGACUUUAUGCAAGGCGCAAUGGCAGCGAGCAACGGGGGACACAUGCUGAGCCAUGCCCAUCAGUGGGUGACAUCCCUCCCGCACGCCGCAGCGGCCGCAGCAGCAGCCGCAGUCGCUGCAGCUGAAGCCGGAUCGCCCUGGUCGUCGAGUCCCGUCGGCAUGACGGGCAGCCCGCAGCAGCAGGACGUCAAAAACUCCGGCAGAGACGAUCUACACACGGGCACCGCGCUGCACCACAGGCCGCCUCACUUAGCUCCCCACCAGACUCACGCCGGGGCUUGGGGGAGCACGACUGCGGCGCACAUUAACUCCAUAUCCGGGGGGCAGCAGCAGCAGCAGUCGCUGAUCUACUCCCAGCCGGGGGGGUUCACUGUGAACGGGAUGCUCAGUCCGGGGAGCCAGAGCCUGGUGCACCCGGGCUUGGUGAGGGGGGAUACCCCGGAUCUGGACCACGGCAGCCACCACCACCACCAUCACCACCAGCAUCCGCAUCACCAGCAGCACCACGGCGUCAACAGCCACGACCCGCACUCGGACGAGGACACGCCGACCUCGGACGACCUGGAGCAGUUCGCCAAGCAGUUCAAGCAGCGGAGGAUCAAACUGGGCUUUACGCAGGCGGACGUCGGCUUGGCUUUGGGCACCCUGUACGGGAACGUUUUCUCUCAGACAACCAUUUGCAGAUUCGAGGCUCUGCAGCUCAGCUUCAAAAACAUGUGCAAGCUCAAGCCUUUGUUAAACAAGUGGCUUGAGGAGGCUGACUCGUCCACCGGCAGCCCCACCAGCAUCGACAAGAUCGCGGCGCAGGGAAGGAAGCGAAAGAAGCGCACCUCCAUCGAAGUGAGCGUAAAAGGGGCUUUGGAGAGCCACUUCCUAAAAUGCCCCAAACCCUCGGCCCAGGAGAUCAGCUCCCUAGCGGACAACUUGCAGCUGGAGAAAGAGGUGGUUAGAGUGUGGUUUUGCAAUAGGAGACAGAAGGAAAAACGGAUGACGCCCCCAGGAGUGCCACAGACGCCGGAGGAUGUGUACUCUCAGGUCGGCAAUGGACAUUUUUUAGUAGAUUACUUAAAAGAUGCAAGUGAAGCGAGCGACCAGAGGGUGACAACUACAAGUUCAUUCCACCAGAAGGAAAAACUGCAUCAAUAUGAAGAAGAGUGGCAUCCACGAAGCUUCCAUCAUUAUUUUGUUUUACUUUUUUCGGGGUGGACUGCAUGGUUUAAUUUUUUUACACAUGGAGGAUUGAAUUUUUUGAGGCCCUCAGAGCCCAGAGACUGUCCCCGCCUGAUCUCAAAGAUCACACCUUUCUUUCAAAUGGGUUUUUUUUUUUAUUUAAGGGACUUUAACACCGUGAGUGGAUUUUUUUUUCAACAAAUAGAGCAUAAGACAUUUGAAAAGACUAUCUUCAGCUGCACUUAUUUGAAAAAAUCUCCUCUGAAAAUCUGUUGCCAAGUGUGACUGAGUGGGUGCUGUGGAUAUACUAUUAAUGCUGCCCUUUCUAAGCAGUAUUCUUUGGUAGGUUUUAAUAAACAAAACUCUGUAAAGCCGGCAAUAUAGAACACUAGAUCAGAUACUGAUCUGAGUUAUUUACUUUAUAUUUUUCAUCAGAAUGACUUGUUUUAAUAUUUUAUUCGGAAUACAUAUGAAUUAUUCCAAACGGUAAUUUAUUUUUCCCCCAGGAACUUGUGUAAGAUGCUUUCCCUUUCUUGUUUCUCUCUCUAUAUUUUUUUGACCUUAUUUGUUUUUGUUUAAUUUUGUAUUAUCGUUUCUAAAGGAGCACAAAUCACCAUAAGCUGACAUUGACCGUUGUUAGGUAAUAAGGGUAUAUUUUGAUGUGAUAAUUUGAUUGUAAUUUAAUUUCAGUAGUGGUUCCGUACGA